AUGCCUUUGUAUGCCAAGUUUAUUAAGGAUAUGAUCAACAAGAGUGAUUGGAAAGAAGUGGAGAUAGUGGUAUUUACUAAGGAAUGUAGUUCAAUCAUCCAGAGGAAUCUCCCAAAGAAACUGCAAGAUCUUGGGAGCUUUGUGAUUCCUUACCGCUCUAUCAAUUUUCCCUUUGGAGUGGUGGAGGAUCUACUUGUGAAAGUAGGGUCUUUCAUCUUCCCUACUGAUUUUGUGAUAUUGGAUAUGGAAGAGGAAAAGAAUGCAUCCAUCAUUCUUGGAAGACCCUUCUUAGCAACAGCAAGAGCCCUUAUAGAUGUUCAGAAGGAAGUGUUUGAAGCUAGAAUACUUGAAGAUGAUCUGGACGCUUCCCCUGAAGACACUCUGCUUGGAAUUGAUGAGCCAGCACCUCAGAGGGAGAAGCUUCGCAUGCUUAGCAUUGAGGAAGGACCUCCUAUGCUCGAGUUGAAGUUAUUGCCUCCAUCCUUGAAGUAUGCAUUCCUAGGUGACAAAGACACCUAUCCAGUGAUCAUAAGUUCCUCCCCGAGUCCAACCAAAUGUAUGCACAAGAUCUUGCUUGAGGAUGAUGCUAAACAAGUUGUACAACCACAGAGGCAACUGAAUCCAACCAUGAAAGAGGUGGUUCAGAAGGAAGUUAUGAAGCUUUGGGAAGCCGAAAUUAUUUACCCUAUCUCUGGUAGCCUAUGGGUUACUCCAGUACAAGUGGUUCCCAAAAGGGGAGGCAUGACAGUGAUUCAAAAUAAAAGGAAUGAGCUUAUCCCCACAAGACUUGUCACAAGAUGGCGCAUGUGUAUUGACUACAGGAGGCUCAAUAAUGCUACAAGGAAAGACCACUUCCCCUUACCUUUCAUCGAUCAGAUGCUUAAGAGACUAGCUGGCCAUGCCUUCUAUUGCUUUUUAGAUGGAUACUCUGGAUACAAUCAGAUUGCAGUAGACCCUCAAGACCAGGAGAAGAGGACGUUCACUUGUCCCUUUGGAGUAUUUGCUUACCGGAGGAUGCCGUUUGGACUCUGGGCUGUCUUGGGACAAAGACAAGAUAAGCUUCUGCACAUCAUUUACUAUGCCAGUCAUGUUUUGAAUGACGCACAAAAGAAUUACACCACUAUAGAGAAAGAAUUACUAGCUGUUAUCUAUGCAAUUGAUAAGUUUAGAUCCUAUUUAAUUGGUUCCAAGGAAUUUAAUAUUGAGAUUAGAGACAGGAAAGGAUCGGAAAAUCAAGUAGCUGACCAUCUGUCAAGGAUUGAGCCAAAAGAAGGGACGCUACCACCCACUGCUACAACUGAGACCUUUCUGGAUAGGCGUUGUGUCUCAGAUGACGAAGCACAACAGAUGCUUUGGCAUUGUCACAGUUCUGAGUAUGGAGGCCACUUUGGGGGUGAUAGAAAGCCACCAAGGUCCUUCAAAGUGGGUUCUAAUGGCCGACCCUCUACAGAGACUCAAGGGAGUUUGUAA